CAAAGCAUGUUUAAUGAAGUUCUUGCCUUUCUGUCCUCUCGUGAUCUGGUUAUUGCAGCGGUCACUCAGCAGAGCUCCCCUCAGCCAAUCCCGAGUCUCCCCGCCUCUCUACAGAAUGUGCAGCCAAUGGCCAUCCAAGCCCAUGUGCAGAGCCUCACGGCUUCACCAAUCCUGACCACCUCCUCCAGCCCUCCCACACAGACCAUCUCCCCUCAGGUUCAGCAGCUUCCGGUUUUGUUGCAGCCGCAGUUCAUUAAGGCAGACUCUCUCUUGCUCACAACUUUGAAGCCAGUGACAACAGUGACAACAGUAACAACAGUAGCGUCACCCUGCAUCACAUCCACGGCGCCAAUCCAUAACACCUCACUGCAGGUACACAAACACAGUCCCAAGACCAAGAGUUGCUAA